UCGAUUACCGCCUUGCCUGCCGAUCCCCGGCCUAGACUGUAAUUCCCCAGCAGCGUUACAGCAUUUUUUGUUCAAAACAAAUUGUUAAAAAAAGCAGUUAUUAGCUAAAUGUAUUUUUGGUGCAGAGGCAAAUUUAUAUGAAAAUAUCCGAAUUGUGGAGUAGGCCUUGCACUAGGAAAACCUAAGUAACAGUACAAAUGAUAGUUAAUAAAUAGAGAUAUGAUUUGUUGUAAGUAAGGCAAUAAAAAAAAAAAAACUAUGAACGGAGUAGCCGUAAUCAGAAAGCAAAGUUAUUUUAAACGCAUGGCUAAAUUGUAAGAGAGUGUCAGCUCCAGUGGUUUGUAAAAUGUCACAGAACACCGAAAUGGGAUUAUUUUCUUGUAACCCAGUAAAGCCUAACAUAUAUUUUAUUACAUUUUUUAUAAUACAUGGAUGUUACUAUCGCUUAAAAUAUUGUGGCCUGUGCUAGUAUAGUAUCGAAUUCUGUUCCUCAUAUAAUUCAGUGCCCUCUGCACAUUGUUCGCAUAUAACAUUGUUCGCAACUAACAUGUUUAAUAAUGCACCAAAAAUACACAACGUAACAUUGAAAGAGUAAGUUGAAAAGCAUGGAAGUUGAAAAGCUGUUAUAUUAAAUUGACAAGGCAGCAAUGGAAAUUAUUAUUGUUAUUAUUUUUAAUUGAAUAUCUGCGCUUUCUAAAUAAACGCGAGAGUUGACAAUCGUAUAAAAUAUGUGCUUUUUCGUGGUGAGUUCAAAACGAUUGCCAUUUUGAUGUCAGAACUGUGCCGUUAUUUUUUAGUAUGGCUCAGGAUGCAACUAUAACCUCCAUCCAUGUAUUUAUACAAUACAAAUGUAGCUCUGUUUAUUUUGCCCCAGAUUAACUUCAGCAAUGGCACUUCAAAAGGAUAUGUAUGCAUUUCUUCGUGACCGUGGGAUUGUUGAUGAGGUAAUCCAGGAGAUGAAAACCCAGAAGAUUGACUCUUCAACUGUUUUGCUCAUAGAAGAUACAUCUUUAGAGAAGUACUUGCCGGCUCUUGGUGAUAGAGUAGCUUUGCGAAGUUAUUGUGAUAACCAUGCUGAGAAAACAUCAAGUGAUAGCAAGAUCAUACCUUCCAGGAAAAACGUUCUCCUUGAAAAACUGAGAAAGAAAAUGAAAUUAAAGCCUUCAUUGACUGCUACUGAGGAUUCAAGUGAUGAUGACAAGCAUAGUCAGUGCAAUGACAGGAAAUUGGGAAACAAGCAUGCUGCAAAAAGCACCAGAAAAAUCGAGAUUGGGUGGAUACAUAAUGGUAAACAAGUCCGUGCUCGUGGUGGGGGUGGCACUAGAAGAAUUUCUGUGUCAAAAAAUAUUGACUGUGAUGACCUUUUAAAGAUUGGUAAGGAUCUAUUCUUCCCAGAUGGUCAGUCAAAGAAAGGUAAUGAAAAUCAAUUCACAUUUGAAAUAUGGGAUUUUAAAGAAAACGUGCUGCCACUUGAUAUGACCGUUGGGGCUGCCUAUGAAAAAGUAAAAAUGGGAAUAGUGCGUUUCUAUUUGGCAUCUUUGGAUCAUGGAGCAGUUGAAACUGUUGUGCAGGUGGAAGACAAAGUCCCAGAAGUAACUGUCUGUUGUGAAAAAUCUGGAUUGGCACAAUUCUGUGUUCCGCCAAAGGUCAGCCUCCACUCUGAAUCAGGACCAGAUACUGCAGCUCAUUUAUUAAAGAACUUUCCUAGCUCUCCAUUGAAAGAAACUUCUGAAUUUGACUGCUGUACAUUGACAGAAGGUGAGCUUUGCCAUGGGGCAUCUAGAAACAUUCUACAGUCAUCUGCUUUUUUAAGUGCCAUGCACUCUUCUGACUCGGAAAUAGAAUUUGGUCCACUAAAUUAUGAAAUUGAAACCUGUGAUGACACACUUCCUUGGGAAGUACAUUUUAUUUCUAAUUUAAACGAACAGGUAGUGUCUUCCAAUAAGCCAAUGCCUCAGGGUGCAAUUACGUUUGUUUCUUCAAUAUCUGAAAAAAGCGCGGCAAUGCUACCAUCAUGUUCAACACAAACACCAAAAGGAGACAUAACUAUCUUACCAUCAUUGCUCUUCCCACUCCCUGCACCAGACUGUUCAACAGUGCAGCUGCCGCCACAACACAAUCUUGCUCCCUCUUCGUCUCCACUACAGCAGGUACUACAGUUGCCUCCGCCAAUGCCAGGCUCUCUAACAUUACAGCUGUCCCCAGACCACAGUCUUUCUCCCUCUUCGUCUCCACUACAGCAGUUAGCAAACUCUCCUCAGUCAGCGCAACUCUCUCCAACACAGCAAAAUGCAGAUGUACGCAUUUUGACUUUACGCAGAGUCAUCAUACUGCAAGAUAUGUUGGGAGAGUUUAAGGAUUCUAACAUUUUGAAUGCUUCCUUGACCAUAGAGUUUGUAGAUGAAGCAGGUUCUGAUGUAUCAGGUAUCUCUCGAGAUGCUUAUUCUGCAUUCUGGGAAGCUUUCUUUCAAAACUGUGCCGAAGGGGAGUAUGAGCGUGUGCCAGCACUGUAUCCUGAAUAUGGGAAGGAAGAGUGGGAGGCAGUGGGAAGAAUACUACUGAAGGGUUACCUGGACCAGUCAUACUUUCCAAUUCAGCUUUCACUGGCUUUUGCAGUUGGGUUGGUAUAUGGAGAGUCUGAAAUUACACCCGGAAUACUGAUGGCUUCUUUUUUAAGGUACAUUGCACCAUUUGAGAAAGACAUCAUCACUUCUGCAUUGGAUGGAAGUAUUGGAGCAGAUGAUCAGGAUGAGUUGCUUGAUAUCCUUUCCAGAAUGGGCUGUCACACUGUGCCAUCACAUGACAGCAUGAAGGGCACAAUUCUCCAAGUAGCUCAUAAACAACUCAUACAGGAGCCAAAGUAUGCCUUAGAGGUUAUGGCCGACGUAACACGCAGCACUCUACAAAAGUUACUACCAGAAGUGUCCAACUUAGAAGCGCUAUAUGAAGCGAAGAAGCCAACUGUAAAACAUGUACUAAACAUGAUUAAUGCUGAAGUUCAAAAUGCAGCACAAAACAAAACAAUGAAUUUCUUGAAGCAGUUUAUUCGAUCUUUAGAUGAUGGAAGACUGCAGAAAUUUUUGCGUUUUGUCACAGGAGCCGAUAUGCUUUGUGUUGAGAAAAUUGACAUUCAAUUUACAGAUCUCAGGGGUCUGCAGCGAAGACCUGUUGCACACACUUGUGGACCACUUCUAGAGGUGCCAUGUACUUACAAUACAUAUACUGAAUUUAGAAGUGAGUUUCAGAACAUUGUGGAUGGUGACUGCCAUAGAAUGGAUAUCAUUUGACUGUCAUUUCAUGUUGAAAUGAAAACCCUACUAGCAAGCACAUCUAAGGAUCUUUGUGUUGCAUAAGCGAAUGUGAGGUGGGGCAAAAAUACUCCUUUUUUUAUGAGGUUUAUGUAAGUUUGUAUUUUGCAAUGUUCAGGGGCACUAAAAAGAGCCAUUCACACUCUUUGCACUGUUUGCUAUACUACAUUGGGAUUAUUUCUGGAGAAAUUAAAAUUGUUUUUGUCAAUGUGUUGGUUUUGAAAUGUAUUUUUAAAGGUAGAUGACUUGCCUUUUGAUACUAGCACUUACU